AUGGCAUCUCAUUCUCGACCUGCCGUCCUUGAAUCGGCAUCCUCGACUCUAUUAAACGAGUUAAAGGGUUUACCACCACAGUCAUGGAAACGGAGAAAAAUAUCCCAUGAAUCCGAUAUUACAAAGAAUACUUUUUGCUCUGCAUUUACUAUCAGACCCCACGGUUCUUCCCAAUUAUCAGAAACCCAUCUCAUCUUAGUUCCACUUGCCCUCAUCCCCCGAUCAAGGCUCCCACUCUCAUGGCUCGAUCCAUGCCCGCGUUCCUCUCAACGCAUACAAUCUGGCAGAUUAUUUGUCUCCAACAUUCCAACACUAGAACAAGAUCUUCAGCAGCAGCAACGACAGGAACAGCGAAGACUCGAGCCCGUUGUUCUGGCAGCACGGCUGGUUGGAUCUGAGGGUACCGCUCCACGAUCUCGAGUCGCGAGGAAUGCUGGUGUGCGUGAGGAAUUUUAUGUCGUGGAGAGGGUUAAGCGAGGGAUAUAUGCUGUCUGCGCGCUGGGGAGCUGGGUGGUGGAGGGGGAUUUGAUGGUUGCGGCGAAAGGAUUGCGGAAUGAGAAUGGGGUGGGCAGUUGCGCUUUCUUGCAAGGCUCCAAGGAGGAGGAUAUUAUUGUUGAUGAUAAGGGUGAGUGGGAUUGGUUGGAGAAGGCAAAGAUUUUUGAUCCUGUUGAUUCCGGAGUCUGGGAUAAACGAAAGGCGGCGAAGGUGUCUCUUGCUUUUGAGUCUGGGCCUUGUAAAGAGAAAUCGGUUCCAACUCUCAGUCCUGAAACAAGUGGUGUGAGUUCGAUUGCUGAGCUUGACAGUGCACAUGACGAGCAGCUUGAUUUGGGGGACAUCAGCGUUGUGGAAGCAGAUGCGCAGCAUAGCAGCCAGUUGGCAGAUCCUUUGUUGACGUUGGGAACCGCUACCCCAAUCGACCUACAGGCUUCAGAGGCUGGUUUUCCUUCAUGCGAAUCUGCGCAGCCAGAAGUUAAUCAAUCUCCUCGAGAGCUCCUUGAUAUUCUUAGGUCUCAAUAUCUUGAGGCAUUAUAUAUUUCGAAGACUUCCGUGGCAUAUUUUGCGAAGGGACCUCUUUCUCGCGCUCGUGCUCUUUUCCAGUCUUCGAGCAAGGAAUCUUCCUUGAAACCCAUAUAUCUGUCGAGUUUCUAUCGGGAGUGCAUACUCCCUGUGAAAAAGGUGGAUAUCAAGUACAAGGACUCUCUUCCAGAAGCGAUACAAAAUAUUCCUAUAGGAAUGUCGGAUGAUGAAGGUCCAGUGAACACAACCACACUAAGGAAACGUAGAGGUAAGAAGGCAAAAAUUGGGAAAAAUGGACUAUAUCCAGAGGAAACCGGUUUUAUUAUGAAGUGGUGGAAGAACAGGAGUUUUUCAGAAGCUUCUGUUCCUCGUGAGUCGUCGAGGAAGGAGGAAAUGAAACGGUUAAUCGGCGAUUUACGAAUGCGUGAAACACAAUUGCAGGUUCUAUUGAUACUCGAGACGAUAUACUUGGAAGCUUCUGCCGGCAAAUCUUGUGAGGGGUCAUCUUCGACAGAGACACGGGUCAUCCAGGCCGCGAAGAAAACCAACGCAGAAAAACAGCAGGAUUUGAAUGUGUUACUUGAGUUGCUAGUUGACAGGCUAUGUAUCUGGCAUGCUGUGAGCUUCGGCGACCUCCUGCACACGGAAUCAUCUAGCAGCACUGGUAAAAAGGAAACCACAGGGAAGUCUGCCGAAAACGAUAAACUUCGAGAUUUUUGCACAGAAGUCAUCAUUCCAUUUUAUGCUGGUCGUCUCCCAGAUCAAUGCAAAGCCAUUAGUCGCAAGCUGGGCGGACCUGUUGCAAUUUCGCCGUCUCGCCCUGUUGCGAUCUCUCACUCAAAAUCCGGAAGAACAGUACAGCCUGGAGCUUCAGUAAAGAGAACUCGUAGCCGAAGAUCACAGCAGCGUACCCUACAACGUGUGCUGACUGAUGAAAAACUAGCUUCAUCAAAGAGCAGGGCGCCAUCACUCUCACGUUCCAGCAGUGGCCCAAGCAUACCCGGAUUAAAACGUGAGGUCAGCGAACCACCACUAUUGUCUCUGAUUUCCGGCGCACGUGGCGGAAUCCAGAAGCCGAAACGUGUGGAUAAUCGCGAAGUUGACCUUGACGCUGUUGCUAAGCAGCACGAGAUGAAACUGAAGAAGAUGAAUUCGCUUCUGGAUCAGAAAAGGGAGCUAGAUGCGGCUAUUAUGGCGCUGAGAAAACCCAACAGGGAACUCGUCGCGAAAGAUUUUGUGGAGGCGGCGGAAAAGCGGGUAUCCACUGGCAGCUCUAGGAAAUCGAAGAAUCCUGUACGGAUCCCGAAUGGCCAAGGGGUGCAGGUUAUGGCUACCCCUAAAGGCUUGAAGAAAAGAGACUGUAUUAGUGGUGGGGGCAACUUAAUCCGUAUGCCCAAGGGGCUGACUUCGUCAAACGAGGAAACCACCGCUUCAUUGGCGUUAAGCAACGAUAUUCAAGUUAUCCCAUCCUCUUCAUCGCGCCCUAGCCAUCUCUCUGAAAGACGGCCUCUCUCUUCGCGGCGAGCACCUCAGGAUUUUGUCCACGAAACGCCCACGAGAAUGGUAUCACGGCCCUCCCGUCUCUCGAAUGGCGGUAUUGCCGACGAUGACUUCGACUCAACUCCAGUCCCUAAGCAAUCUAGCAUUUUAUUCAAGGUCCCCAAGCUACCGGAAACGAAACGAUCAUUUGCGCCUGCAGAAAUGUCCCCGACUGUACUGCGGAAAACUAAAUCAUUUCCUAACCUUGUCCACAGUGGCAAUGACUACGACUAUGACAACAAUAACAAUGACCAUCAUAGUAAAAACCCCAGUGUCCCUAUGAAUAUUUCGACCUCAUCAAUCCAAGAGACCCCGCCCCGCCCUAGAUCCUCCUAUCUACCUCCAUUAAAUAAAACACCUGCUUUCGCCCGCUAUCAUAAUAGACAGCAGCAACCGAUAAUUUUCACAACGCCUAUAAAGAUCAGAAGCGGUACUGGAUCCAAACCCACAUUUUCAGGUACACGACACGACUCUGGUCUGAAUCCUACUGCCAAAAUGAAUUUUUUCACGGUAGACGCGACGCCGGAGAAGUCUAUCUACGACCAAUUAGGCUGGAAUGAUGAAGAUGAUGAUUUAUGA